AUGCGUUGCAUGAUAGUCCUCUCCGUCGCCACUGCAACAGUACUAGCCUACAGUCGACAGAGCUCAGGCUAUGAAACUGCUGAACUGUAUCAACAAGCAUCUGUAGUUCCUCUUAGCGCUGACGGUGACGGUGCCACAGUAGUGGCUUCUUCCCCAGCACCUACCCCAGCAAUUGCUCCAUUUUCAUCUGUUGCACCUGUUACCGGCACUCUUGUCACCACUCGCCCAGCCCUCGUUUCAGUAGCGGGAGCCAUUCCGGUUGGCACCAAUGGACUCACCGGUGUUACUCCAGGAGCGAUUGCCGUCGGUACCGGUGGAGGACUCAGCGGUGCUAACAUUCCUGUCGCUGCUUAUGGAGGACUCACUGGUGUCAACUCAGGAGUGGUACCCGACGCCGCCAAUGGAGGACUCAACGGUGUUAACAUUCCUGUCGCAACCGGUGGGGUACUCAACGGUGCUAACAUUCCCGUUGCUACCAACGGAAGACUCAACCGCGACGCUCCUAAAGCGACUGUCACUGUCGGUAAAGGCUACACACUCAGACGCCGCCUUUUCCGCCACCACGUUCGCCGUGUUCGUCUCUGA